GGUAUGGGCUAGAAAGAAGAAGCCCGUUCAUAUUCACACUUGAAAUUGAAUAACAUCGCCUCACUGAAACUAGGGUUUCUUUCACCAUCUCCACCUUCACGACGAUUGGCGAGAGAGAACUCUUCACAGCCCUGUUUGAUCAACAAGCUUUCAGCUUCACUUGAUAGAAUUCUGAAUCGUUAUCAUCAACGCCAAUCAUGCCUCAAGGAGAUUACAUAGACCUUCAUAGGAAGAGAAAUGGAUAUCGCCCUGAUCAUUUCGAGAGGAAGCGGAAGAAGGAAGCUCGUGAAGUUCACAAGCGUUCUAAAGUUGCCCAAACGGCUUUAGGAAUCAAGGGUAAGAUGUUUGCUAAGAAACGAUAUGCAGAGAAAGCUCAAAUGAAGAAGACAUUGGCUAUGCAUGAAGAAUCGUCAAGCAGACGCAAGGUGGAUGAUGAUGUUAAUGACGGUGCUGUGCCUGCCUAUCUUCUUGACCGUGAUGCCACAACGCGCGCAAAGGUUCUUAGCAACACAGUAAAACAAAAAAGGAAGGAGAAAGCAGGGAAGUGGGAUGUGCCUUUACCCAAGGUUAGACCAGUGGCUGAAGAUGAGAUGUUUAAAGUAAUCAGAACCGGUAAAAGGAAAACCAAACAGUGGAAGAGGAUGAUUACCAAAGUUACAUUUGUAGGACAAGGUUUCACCAGGAAACCUCCAAAGUAUGAGCGUUUUAUUCGUCCAAGUGGUUUGCGGUUUACCAAAGCCCAUGUGACACACCCUGAACUUAAAUGCACUUUCAAUCUCGAGAUAAUCGGCGUGAAGAAAAACCCUAACGGUACAAUGUAUACCUCUCUUGGCGUUAUUACCAAGGGAACCAUCAUUGAGGUGAAUGUGAGUGAACUAGGACUUGUGACACCAGCUGGGAAAGUAGUAUGGGGGAAAUAUGCUCAAGUGACGAAUAAUCCCGAGAAUGAUGGGUGCAUCAAUGCAGUUUUGCUUGUGUAGUACAAUGCUUGGUUUACAGUAUUUUCAAAAAGCUGUUUUAAAUUUAAUGUACUGUAUGGAAUUUUGUUGGUGAUGGUAAUGCUAUGAUUAUUUACUCGUCUCGAC